AUGGAAAAUUUCAUGAAUGCUACUCUAACCUCUAAUCCCACUUGUAUCUACGUCUUACAAUCGCCCUCCUCUAACUACUUGCCCAACGUGACGAUCCACAUUCAAGAAAAAGUGGUUUACAACUUCUACCUCAACAGCGUCGUAAAUCGUUCGACUUUACGUAGUCAAUCCUUGGAGUACUUCAUAGCGGACAAUAAUUUCCUCGGGAGCUUUGAACUUGGCGGGAUUCUCCCAGCCCCAAAAGACGUUCCCGACAUCCAAGUCACGUUUUCUGUAAAUUCUGACGGGAUUUUGGUUGUUCGCGCAAAGGACGUGGCAACCGGGAAUGUGAAUGCUAUCACGAUUAAGAACGAUCAUGGUGGCAUGAGUCCGGGAGAGAUUAAGCGGAAAAUCCGGGAGGCGAAAGACUUUGCCCGGGAAGACGAAAGGGUGAGGGAAGCUUUUGCCGCGAAGGAUGACUUGGAGAGGGUUCUGGUUCGGGGGAAAAAUCUGCUCUUACUAAAGUAUCGGAAUACCGUCGCUAUAACUGAUGAGAUUGAGCAGUGGUUCGCCGGUCAGGAUACCCUUCAAGAGACCCACGCUUAUCAAGAACAACUCGGAAAAUUGGAAAAGAUUCUUCAUCCGCUGGUUAAAGAAUUAUACUCCGGCGAGGGUGAACAAUCGGAUGGAAAUAGAACCCGGACAGAACUCUGAUAAUACAUUUAUUAUUGCAAAUUUCCAUUUUGUUUAUGUACAUUAUUAGCUCGCCCUGCGUAGCAGAGGAGCUAUUGAAUUCCUCUUGUAAGUCUGUCUGUCUGUUAACGAGUUUUUUGCAUCAAUUGAUGCUAAUAAAUAGGCCCCAUGUGCAAAUUUUAGGAAAUUAGUAGCACCAUUGGUCUCGAACAAGCGGUAACACAAAGUGGUGCCAAACAAUUGAGAAAAUAGAUGCAAAACACACCAAACGUGCAUAAGAACCUAAAGAAAU